GUGAGACAUGCCUGCGGUCCCCUCCCUUAAAGACAGCAGCAUCCUGGGCCCUGUGUGCCCGCACGCUGCCAGGCUACGCGUCACCAACGGCAAUGGGGACGCCAACGGAUCCUCCAAGGUCCAGGAAGGGCUGUUACAACUCCCAACCAAGGGGGGCGUCAGAGACAAGCUAGAGGUCGACGUGACUGGAACCAUCCAGGCGGUGGGGGAGAGGAAGUGGAUCCGUCCCGACCUUCCCAGCCGGUGCACCUGGAGACUGGGGGGCAACCACGCCGACUCCCCCCACACCCAUCCUCAACAGACCAAAGCUCCUAAAAUCCUCACCAACAUCCUCCGGAGGAUCGGUGACACCCCGCUGGUGCGCAUGAACAAGAUCCCCAAGACCUUCGGCCUCAAGUGUGAAGUCUUGGCCAAGUGUGAGUACUUCAACGCGGGCGGCAGUGUGAAGGAUAGGAUCAGUCUGCGUAUGGUGGAGGAUGCAGAGAGGGCUGGACAUCUGAAACCAGGAGACACCAUCAUAGAACCCACCUCAGGCAAUACAGGUAUCGGUCUGGCUCUGGCUGCAGCUGUGAAGGGUUACCGCUGUAUCAUUGUCAUGCCUGAGAAGAUGAGCAUGGAGAAGGUGGAUGUUUUGAGAGCCCUGGGCGCAGAGAUCGUCCGUACUCCCACCAGCGCUCGUUUCGAUUCGCCAGAGUCUCACGUGGGCGUGGCUUGGCGUCUGAAGAACGAGAUCCCCAACUCUCACAUCCUGGACCAGUACCGUAACCCUAGUAACCCCCUGGCCCACUAUGACACCACAGCGGAGGAGAUACUGGAGCAGUGUGAUGGGAAAGUGGACAUGCUGGUGGCAGGCGCUGGCACAGGCGGCACCAUCACUGGUAUUGCCCGCAAACUGAAGGAGAGGUGCCCAAACAUCCAGAUCAUCGGUGUGGACCCUGAAGGCUCCAUCCUGGCUGAACCAGAGGAGCUGAACAAGACAGACAAGACCCAGUACGAGGUGGAGGGCAUCGGAUACGACUUCAUCCCCACUGUACUGGACCGAUCAGUGGUGGAUAGCUGGUACAAGUCCAACGAUGAGGAGUCCUUCAACAUGUCCCGUAUGCUGGUCAGAGACGAGGGCUUGCUUUGUGGUGGCAGCUCGGGCACGGCCAUGGCAGCAGCGGUGAGGGUGGCCAAGGACCUGAAGGAGGGCCAGCGGUGUGUGGUCAUCCUGCCAGACUCCAUCCGCAACUACAUGACCAAGUUCCUGAGUGACAAGUGGAUGUUCCAGAAAGGCUUCCUGAAGGAGUCAGACAUCAUGGUAAACAAGCCCUGGUGGUGGAACCUGAAGCUGCAGGGGUUGAACCUCUCUGCCCCUCUGACCGUCCUGCCCACGGUCAGCUGUCAGAAGACCAUCAAGAUCCUGAAGGAGAACGGCUUUGACCAGGCCCCUGUAGUGGACGAGGCUGGGCUGGUCCUAGGAAUGGUUACUUUGGGGAACAUGCUGGCCUCUGUGCUGGCUGGGAAGAUCAAACCCUCAGACCCAGUCAACAAGGUGAUCUACACCCAGUUCAAACAGAUCCGUCUGACUGAUAACCUGGGGAAGCUCUCUCGUAUCCUGGAGACGGACCACUUUGCCCUGGUGGUACACGAACAGAUCCAAUACUUGACGGACGGCUCCCCCAGCCUGAAGCAGAUGGUGUUUGGUGUGGUGACGGCCAUCGACCUGCUCAACUUCGUCACGGCCAGGGAGAAGAGGGAGAGGUCCUUCUCUGAGUGCAGUGACCUGUGACCGUGUCCCCGUGACGGCUGGGUCAUGUGCGCACAAACACCUCGUGUACACACACACAUGGAACACGUUAAUUACACCUACAGCUCACAGCCAUACACAAACACACUGUGAUAUUAACGACAAUAUAUAAAGAAUGAGGUCGUAUGAACUUGAUUGGUGGACAAACUGUUGUUGCUGCUUUCUCAUGACAUGUGAGUCAUUUAGCAGAUGCUCUUAUCCAGAGCGACUUACAGAUAGUGAGGACAUACUGUUUCUCCCCAACUGGUCCCCGUGGGAAUCCAACCCACAACCCAUUUUCAUACUGUUUCUCCCCAACUGGUCCCCGUGGGAAUCCAACCCACAACCCAUUUUCAUACUGUUUCUUCCCAACUGGUCCCCCGUGGGAAUCCAACCCAUUUUCAUACUGUUUCUCCCCAACUGGUCCCCGUGGGAAUCCAACCCACAACCCAUUUUCAUAAUGUUUCUCCCCAACUGGUCUCCCGUGGGAAUCCAACCCACAACCCAUUUUCAUACUGUUUCUCCCCAACUGGUCCCCCGUGGGAAUCCAACCCACAACCCAUUUUCAUACUGUUCCCCCAACUGGUCCCCCGUGGGAAUCCAACCCACAACCCAUUUUCAUACUGUUCCCUCCCCAACUGGUCCCCGUGGGAAUCCAACCCACAACCCAUUUUCAUACUGCCCCCCCCCAACUGGUCCCCGUGGGAAUCCAACCCACAACCCAUUUUCAUACUGUUUCUCCCCAACUGGUCCCCCGUGGGAAUCCAACCCACAACCCAUUUUCAUACUGUUUCUCCCCAACUGGUCCCCGUGGGAAUCCAACCCACAACCAUUUUCAUACUGUUUCUCCCCAACUGGUCCCCGUGGGAAUCCAACCCACAACCCAUUUUCAUACUGUUCCCCCCAACUGGUCCGCCGUGGGAAUCCAACCCACAACCCAUUUUCAUACCGUCCCCCCCAACUGGUCCCCCGUGGGAAUCCAACCCACAACCCUAGCAUUACAAGUGCAAUGCAUUCAUAUGAAAGUCUUAAAUCUUUGCUAUAUUUUGCGAGCUUGAUCAUAGAAUGUAGACACUGCCUACAGAGGGAAUUGCCAUGUUACUUUGUAAUGUGUAUUUAAUUGAUCAGACUGUACCCCAUCCCAUGUACUGAAUCAAUAAUUGUGAAACCAAUCUUUACUGAAAAAAAAUGGUUUUAAUUGUGAAAACAUCAAUCAACGCAUUUCAACGCUAUGCAUAAUGACACAACCCUGCACAAUUACAACAGGUUUGGGAAACAGACCUGUAUGUUGAUGGUUUUAAUUGUGAAAGCAUCAAUCAACGCAUUUCAACGCUAUGCAUAAUGACACAACCCUGCACAAUUACAACAGGUUUGGGAAACAGACCUGUAUGUUGAUGUGUUUUUUAAAGGUUCAAUGCAUCUGUUUUUAUCUGGAUAUCAAAUCAUUUCUGGGUAACAAAUAAGUAUUUUACUGUGAUUGUAUUAAAUUAAAACAUGUAGUUUCUCUUAGCAAAGAGCAAUUUCUCAAGCAAGACUUUAGCUAGGACAGUUUGGGUGUGGUCUGAGUGGGGAGAGAAACUCAAAACUAGCUGUUAUUGGAAGAGAGGUAUGGAACAUUUUUCUGUUGGUCUAUUAAAAAAAAAUGUGAUGUCACAAUGGAAAGUCUAACCUCCCGCCCAUACAAACCUGCUGAUUAGAAGGCCCUGUGUAGAUUGCAUUUUCAACCAGCAACUAUCAGGAAAUAACACUGUCAGUUUCAUCAGCUGUAUGAUAUUAAACACAGGAAAAACAGAA